AAUUGCUUUACCAAUACUAAUAUGGGCCACAAUUACAGGGCAAAAUUUUGUGGGAUUUUGCAAGUGUAAGCGAAGUGAUGGAGAUUGACAGGGAUGACGGCCGGACGCCAAACCAGCUGAGACCUCUCGCUUGCUCCCGCAACAUCCUUCACCGUGCCCAUGGCUCAGCUAGUUGGUCCCAGGGAGAUACAAAGGUUUUAGCUGCUGUUUAUGGACCUAAAGCUGGUACUAAGAAGAAUGAGAACCCUGAGAAGGCCUGCAUUGAAGUCAUUUGGAAGCCUAAAACGGGACAAAUCGGAAAACUUGAAAAAGAAUAUGAGAUGAUUUUGAAGAGAACUUUGCAGAGCAUCUCUAUUUUGACUAUCAACCGGAACACCACCACAUCAGUUAUAAUUCAGGUUGUUCAUGAUGAUGGUUCUCUUUUGACGUGUGCCAUAAAUGCAGCAUGUGCUGCCCUUGUUGAUGCAGGAAUUCCUAUGAAGCAUCUCGCUGUUGCAAUAUGUUGUUGUUUGACAGAAGGUGGAUAUGUUAUACUGGAUCCCACAAAAUUGGAAGAACAGAAAAUGAAGGGAUUUGCAUAUUUAGUCUUUCCAAACUCAAUUCACUCUGUUCUACCAGAAGGGUCAUUGCUUGUGGAAGGUGAAGCUGUUGAACAUGGGAUCAUCACCUCUGUCACCCAUGGUUUGAUGUCAGUGGAAGAGUAUCUCAACUGUCUGGAACGAGGGCGUGCUGCCAGUGCAAAGUUGUCUGAUUUUCUUAGGAAGAGCAUAAAGUUACAACUCCCAACCGACUCGUUUAAAAGCUAGGUGAACUGAGAUAUAUGAUUGGAAGUAUACUGCAUACAGUCUCAACUAUUUUCAGAAUGAUCCAUACGAGUUGUCUACUCCCAUUGCCACUGGUAGUGGGUAUUGGCAGCUGUACUUGUGUUAGAGUUUGACCCAGAUGCUUGUAAUGGUUGUAUCAAACUGCAUAAUGUGCAAGAGAUAGGCUUUGAAAUCCCUACAUUUUGUAGUCUGCUUGACCCAAGUGUAAUACACUGCAUUCAUGGUUGUCUAAGUUUUCAUUGAUAGUUACAUCAAUAAUUCAAAUAUUGCAUGAACUUAA